UUCGGGGGCCCGAAACCCUGAGCAGACCUGCUCCUGAGCAGGUGUUGGUGGCGAUCUCAGCUGGAACAGCAAUACUGCCUCUUGUUAGCAUUUCUCAAGCUGGGUGUAGCUCACCCUGUACCCCAGCUCUGGAGUGUCUCAAAGGGUCACAGAGCCAGUCUUUCCUCAGAGCCCACUGCACAGUCGCCCGAUGACCAAGAGGUCAGCUGCUUCCCACAGGUGUGAACGGAGGAGAAGUGGUUUCUGAGCUCAUGCUGGGCGGCUGCGUCAUUAUCGACGUUAACUGCCCCCUUGUCAGCCACCUGCGUCCUCCAGGCUGUGAGCUGCCCCUCACGUGGGGCUCCAGCCGACAGUUCUGGGAUUGCAGGGCUAUAGGGACACACCUGAUUCUCCAUCCACAGUGCUCUGUCUGUCUGUACACGGGCUCGCCAGGAGAGGGCACCAGCUCCCACUAUAGAUGGUUGUGGGCCACCACAUGCUUUCUGGGAAUUGAAUUCAGGAGCUCUGAACCUCUGAGCCAUCUCUCCAGCCCCACCAGAGCACCGAUGACAGCCAGAAGUCCAAGCCUCCCUUGGUGAAGCAAUGGCUUUACAGGACUUAACAGGAGUACGCAUGAGGAGCUACUUACAAAGUGUGGGUGGCCCCAACAGCCGCAUCACGGAAAGUCCCACCCAGCACAGACGCUGACGCCAUGAGAACUGCAGGACCAGCCUCUCCUUCAGGAAGUCCACAGAUGAUUACCUACAGAGAGCUGCCUCUUCCUCCAGGGAGUCUACAGAGACCUAUAGAGACCUACAGAGACCUGUCUCCUCCUCUGGGGAGUCUACAGAGACCUGCCUCCUCUUCCAGGGAGUCUACAGAGACUUAAAGAGACCUGCAGAGAGCUGCCUCCUCCUCAAGGGAGUCCACAGAGCCCUGUCUCCUCCUCCAGGGCGUCCACAGAGCCCUGCCUCUGUGCUGUAGAAGUGCUGAGGCUGCCAGUUGCUGUGGGUAGUAGGUAUGCCCUGUCCGAGCAAGCACAGCCCUCCUGAUGCCAGCUUUUCUGCCAUGCUCUGUCCCAUCUUCAUUCUCUUGAUGCCUCCAGACAGGAUGGUCAGCGUGAAGAUGAGGCUGAUCUACGCGCUCAUCCUGGUGAUUGGGGCACUGUGCUUGUACUUCAGUAUGGAGCCUUUCAAAGAGCUGCAGUUCGUUUACAAGCGAAGCCACGGGAAGUUCCUCCAGCUUCCGGACAUAGACUGCAAGCAGAAGCCACCUUUCCUCGUGCUGCUGGUGACCUCGUCCCACAAGCAGCUGGCCGCUCGCAUGGCCAUCCGCAAGACGUGGGGCAGAGAGAUGAGCGUGCGGGGGCAGCAGGUGAGGACCUUCUUCCUUCUGGGGGCCUCAGACAGCAGCGACGAGAUGGACGCCACGGCAAGGGAGAGCGAGCAGCACCGCGACAUCAUCCAGAAGGACUUCAAGGACGCCUACUUCAACUUGACCCUGAAGACCAUGAUGGGCAUGGAAUGGGUCUACCACUUUUGUCCCCAGGCGGCCUUUGUAAUGAAGACAGACUCAGACAUGUUUGUGAAUGUCGCCUACCUGACUGAGUUGCUGCUGCGGAAAAACAAAACGGCCAGGUUCUUCACAGGCUACAUAAAGCCCAACGACUUCCCCAUCAGGCAGAAGUUCAACAAGUGGUUUGUGAGUAAGUUUGAGUACCCCUGGGACAGGUACCCACCGUUCUGCUCGGGUACCGGGUACGUCUUCUCCAGCGACGUGGCCAUCCAGGUCUACGAGGUGUCGGAGAGCGUUCCGUUCAUCAAGCUGGAGGACGUGUUUGUCGGGCUGUGCCUGGCCAAGCUGAAGAUCCGGCCCGAGGAGCUGCACAGCAGGCAGACCUUCUUCCCCGGCGGCCUGCGCUUCUCCGUGUGCCGCUUCCGGAGGAUCGUGGCCUGCCAUCACAUGAAGCCCCAGGACCUGCUCCUUUACUGGCAGGCUCUGGAGAGCUCUCAGGAGCAGGACUGCCCCUCUGUCUGAGGGGAGCCUGGCGGCACCAGGACAAACUCCAGAACCUUUGGUGAUGAUCCGGUCUUGCUGGGAACUGCUAGGGGUAGAGCAAGGACCAGGACAACAGUGCGCUGUCUCAGGGCCCUGCACACGCGAGAAUGGACACACUUGCAGAGUAACGGCUUGCUCCCAGCUGGCAUCCAGAGCAAUAACAGACUUCAGGCCUUUGCACUAUGUCCUCAGACUUGCCUUCAUCUGUUCCUUUCAGGGCUCAGCAUACAUAUGAAGCCAUGGACCUGACUCAUCAUUCCCACUUCACAGGUCAGGGACCGGCAGCCAGGGACACUUCCUUGUCCAAAGAUGCAUAGCCAGCAGACAGAGCAGGAAUAAGAAUCGAGUGCUGUCAGAAUUCAGGGUGGCCCCCACUGGUGUCCCAUCCCUUAGGAGAGGGUGGUGGUGAAGUCUUAGGGGUAAUUAGCAUCCCUCAGUCCCUUUCCUGACUCCUCUGCCCCCACUCGCCUGAUGUAUCUGGGCACUGAGCCUGUGUUAGCCAGCUGAUAACCGAUGCGCCCUCAGUGUGGUCCCAGGAGACAUGCAUGCCUGCAGCCACCGUAGCUCACUUAUGUGCUGGAAGGAAACUGAGUUACAUGAGCCUAAAAGUCAGGCUGAGAAGCCGCUGCCGAGCCUUGCUGUAUAAACUGAACACACUGCUGAUACCCAGUAGGGUGCUGUCUCCACUGAGCCUUCCGGGGCAGCUGGUCUCUGCUGCAGAUGUUCUGAUGGACAGAUGGGGACCAGCUGGAGGCCCGGAGCACUUCAGAUCUCUAAGUUCACGCUCAGGGGCCUCCAGGCUCAGGCAUGGUCUGUGUGGUAUCCAGGGUGCCCCUGGGUCCUGGGCUGGGUUUAAGCUCCUGGGCUACAGAGCAUGGAAGUAGGCCCAGGCUGGGGCUCUUCCCAUGUCAGUGGUCCUUCCUGACCCUGUCUCUUCACACUAGAUUUGUCACAUGGUCAUAGAUAUGCUGAAUGUUGCCUUUUAGAAUUUAACUUGCUAUUCCCAGCUUCUAUCCUCAUCUCUGAAGGUUUUCAGAGCUGGGUGAAAACAGGGACCUCCGGCCAUGCAGCCACUAUCACCAGACGUAAUCUUGCUCUGUAUUGCAGGAAUUACUGCUUUCUCCCACUUAACUUCACUAGAUCUUACUAUGUGCUUAGAGCAAAGGCUUCAUGGGACUGGGUAGCUGUAAAUGUUGGAAUAUGCUCCCACCUGAGCUCAGGAACACUGAGUGGUCGGAACACCGUUAGGUUGGAGGAAGCUGGACCCUGCCUCCGGGGCCUCAGCUCCACACUUGUUUCUGUCCCUCCUCUAAAUUUCUUCCUCAAGUUGGGGAAAAUUCUUCUGCCUGUGACACUCUUCAAAAUCGUACAGUGCCGAGUUCGGGACCCUCAGUUCAGAAUGUGUGGAAAUCUAAACCAGGUGAAGGGUAGGGGAAAUUGUCCCCGGGUAGGGGCCAGGUCCACUAUCCAAACCCAGCCCAUCCAGUCUUCUGACGGGGUUGGGGUGUGGCGUGAGAAAGCCCAGGCUUGUAGCAGGAUGGUGGUUCUGUUUGGCGGGUGGAAGAGCGGGCAUCAGAACACGGCACUAGCCGCUCUGCCUCAGACCUUCCCUCUGCUCAUUCCUUCAUCAGCCACAUUGCUCAUGGCACCCACACACGUCGCCAGAAGGUCGGGGUUGGGGGUCUGCAUGCAGCAGGCCUGAGCGAGCGCAGUGCUGAGGGAGGGAAGGGCACAUCCUUUGGGCAUGUGUAGAGUCCUGGAGCAGAAGCAGAUGUCCCCGUGCCCACACCUGCUGCUGCAUUGAAGAUGCCGGGCGUCCUUAGCCAGCAGCCAUUCUUCUUUCCUUUAAGCAAACCGGGUGUGGGCAGAGGCAGCUGAGAGGAGCUGAGACCUGGCAUCCCAGCAGCCAGGUUCCUCUGCAGGCGCGCCAGUAACACAGCUUCCCGUAACACAGCUUCCUGCGCUUCUCUCCGAAGCGUGGGGCUGGUGCUACCCCGGAACCCCGGCCUCUCCCUCCCCUGCACUCGGCCACUUCUGUCCUGCUGUUGUCUUAGUGCUGCUCUGCUUCCUGGUUCUGCCUGACCUGUGGCUUUACCCUGGGGUCUCCGUGGAAUUCCCACAGACCCAUCGUUUAGGCUAGCCUUCUUGUGAGGUCAUGUGUGUCUCCCACAUGCACGAAUGACACAGCCAGGCCUCCACCUGCAGGCGCCAGGAUCGUUUUACUCGGGAAGUGACACAGCAAAUGCCUCCAAUCCCUUUUUAGUGUGUGGCAUUGCCUUUGCCCACUCUGCUGCACAGGGCCAGGGCCGAGGGCCAGGUGUGCUGGGGUGGGGGCAUGAGCUGAAGCCGUGGCCCGCAGGUGCACGUAGAGGACCUCCUGAGCAGGCUCCAGGCAGAAGUGAAAGAUGCACACCACCCUUCCCACGUGGCUUUUACCAUCACAGUGGCACGGCGGUGGCGGCGUGGUGCCCGCCGCAGUCUCAGGACGCAGUUUUGAAAAAACAAGGCCGGCCUCGGACACCCUCUAGAUCCUCCAGAGUCUUCAGCCUCCUCGCAGACUGAAGAGUUAACAAGCCUAAUUUAAUACGGGAGCUGCUGAGCAUCGCUUAAAAAAUAGAUGAGGUCUGGCUCACGUUUCCUGUCCCUCCAUUCGGAAGCACUUGCUUUCUCUCACCAUGUUUUCAAAAUUCAGUUAGUUUUCCAUAUGCACCACAUUAGGGCUGGCGUCUUAGCCUUUUCUGGGCUGGUCUCUCAGGGUGGAUUUGGAAGCUUACGCCUCUCUGGCGGGGCUCAGGUGUGGUGGGGAGCUGCUGUCAUUAUUCCCAGUCCUCAGGAGACUGGAGCCAGCCUGCCGCCCUGCGAGGGUCCCCUCUGGCCUGGGUGAGGACCGUCAUGUGGGCUGGGGUGCUCGUUGUUGGCCCUGUUCCGUCCCUGACACCCACACAGUAAAAGGGGAGAAUUGAUCUUUACAAUUUGUGUGCACGUGGGCAUGUGCACACAAAUAAGUAAAAUCUAAACAAAAGUAAUUUUUGUCAAGGCGUCUUCAAACACCGACUUCCGAGGCUCCUGGCUUAGUUUGUUUCUGUGUGCUUCUCCAUGUGGCCAAGCCCUGUGUGAACGCGAGCACAGGUGAGGAAACAAGACAAGACAAAACAAAACAACAACUAAGACCAAAACCAAAACCCUCUCAGUUUGCAAGGUGCCGUUGUUUGGUUGGGAAUGUGACAGGGAAACCUGCUGGGGGCUUGCCCGCCCGGGUCUCUUUAGCUUCCCGCCUUUUACUCUAACGCCCAGGUUAGGCCCCUCGGGGAGCCUGGGAUUGUCCUGGGGUGAACAGUGAAACCGUCCAAGCUCGAGCAGGGCUGUAGGAGCCUGAGGCGAGCGGGCUGGAAUCCAGCAUGACUACAACAGUGAAAGGUUUGAAAUCAAUUAGCAGCAGCAUUUUCUAAUUACCGGGCAGAGCCAUUUUAAACACAAGUAGGGAAAUGGACGCUGUGGCCAACCGUCGUUUUUGUGUGGUAUGGUUUCGUGGUUCGUGGUGCUGGGAUGGAGCCCACAUGCCUGUCAGGCCCCCCCCACUGUGUCUCCCAGCCCCUGUUGAGUUGGUUUGCACCCCACAUUCUACUACCUCUGGCAGGAGUCAUGGGGUCAGCGCCUCAUGCCUGCAGUUCGAAUGCUGGGUAGUUUAACUGUUAACUUGAUACAACCUAUGAUCCCUCUGGAAGGGUUUUAGUGAGAAAUUAUUUUUUUUAAUUAACUGAUGUAGGAAGCCUCAGCCUGUGUGGGUGACACUGUCCGCUGGGCAGGAUGUCGUAAGCAGUGUGAGGAGACAGCUGAGGGCAAGCAAGGGUCCACGCUUGACCUCUGUGGGGACUGCGUGUGUGCCCGGCGGCUUUCCGUUCCUGCCUUGACACCCUGCGCUAACAGCCUGCAACCGGAACUGUGAGCCAAGCAACCCCUUUCUUCUCUAAGUUGCGUCUUGCCUGGGUUUUGUCACAGAACAGAAAGGAAGCUAAAUAGAUGCUCAGGGUGGUGCCCAUGUGGGAUCAGCCCUUCCUAUGCCAUCCUGCUCCUGACGCCAUUGCUCGUGCCAGCCCUCUGCCACCAACAGACGUGAGCCCCGAAACUGCUUACUUUCUGCUUGGGGAAUAUCUGAGGGGAGCGAGGACUCAUUUCCCCUGAGCACAGAAGAUACAGAAAAUCCCCUCCAGGACUGGAAACGACCAGUCUGCGGCUGUGGACACUUUGUGGUCAAAUCUGAUUUUCUAAAGGAUAAAAAUAUUAAAUGUCUGUGUCGUUGAAUGGUGUUUGAAACUAUCAUUUGCCUGUGUGGGAGGAGGGCCUACAGGCUCUGUUUCUGUAUUCUGGGAGCGGGUAUAUAUGUUUAUGAUUUGUUAAUGAUAUUUAUCUUUAAUAAAAAUUAAGUUAUGAGCAGCAUGAUGUAUGUGGGUGGCCCUAACCUUCAGCUCCUCUGAAGUUAGCAGGGUGGGUGGACUAAUUUAGACCUAAAUCGGGCUAUCUUUUUUUCUUUUUAAUUGAUGUUUUUGUCUGGAGAAACUUUUUUUUUUUUUAAUUUGGCUUCGAUUUUGUAUGCUUAGAAAAGUAUUGCUGAAGAGCCUUGCUUAUCUUUGAAAGGUCAUAGGACUCCUCA